CCAGGCUCUGGAUUGGGAGCAGGGCAGGAGCCGGGCCGGGCCGGCAGCGUGUGCAGCGCUGCACGAAAAUGCACUCGGAUGCCGCUGCUGUCAAUUUUCAACUGAAUUCUCAUCUAUCAACACUGGCAAAUAUUCACAAGAUUUACCACACCCUCAAUAGGCUGAAUCUGACAGAGGACGUUGGUCAAGACGAUCACCAGACAGGAGAGAGCCUUUCAAAGAUUCGAAGAAUAGGAAGUCUUCGGUCUUGCAGUUCAUCAGACUGCUUUAGUAAAGUGAUGCCUCCAAGGAAAAAGAGGAGACCUGCAGCAGGAGAUGAUUUAUCUGCUAAGAAAAGUAGACAUGAUGGUAUGUAUAGAAAAUACGAUUCAACUAGAAUAAAAGCAGAGGAAGAAGAAGUCUUUUCAAGUAAGAGAUGCUUAGAAUGGUUCUAUGAAUAUGCAGGCACGGAUGACAUUGUAGGGCCAGAAGGUAUGGAGAAAUUUUGUGAAGACAUUGGAGUUGAACCAGAAAAUGUAGUUAUGCUUGUGCUAGCAUGGAAGUUGGAUGCACAAAAUAUGGGCUACUUUACAUUACAAGAAUGGUUAAAAGGAAUGACAUCACUACAGUGUGAUACUACAGAAAAAUUGAGAAAUUCUCUGGAUUACUUGAGAUCUUUAUUAAAUGAGCCUACCAAUUUUAAACUUAUUUAUAGAUAUGCCUUUGACUUUGCACGGGAAAAGGACCAGCGCAGCCUAGAUAUUAAUACUGCCAAGUGUAUGUUGGGCCUUCUCUUAGGAAAAGCAUGGUCCCUUUUUCCAGUGUUUCAUCAGUUUCUGGAGCAAUCAAAAUACAAAGUUAUCAAUAAGGACCAGUGGUGUAACGUUCUUGAAUUCAGCAGAACAAUUAACCUUGACCUCAGUAACUAUGAUGAAGAUGGAGCCUGGCCGGUGUUGUUGGAUGAAUUUGUGGAAUGGUAUAAAGGAAAACAGAUGACAUAGGAGUUUAACUAUGCACAGCCACUCAAGAGUCACUGUUACCACAGUUAUGUCAACCAUUAGCCAUAAACUGCUAUUUGUAUCAAAGUGCAUGCUGCUUUUCUUGCACUGCAUCCCUUUGGCAAGGAACUUUUGAUGUUUGCUAUUUAACAAGCUAGCUAUGCUUGCUGUUUAGCAUUGUUCUCUUUGAAGGCUGCUUUGCAUUUUGUAUUUACACUACAAAUUGUUGAACUUGCCAGAGUCUUCACUGUGAUUAUGUGUAUAUUGCUGUCUAAAUUUUGUAUAUGUGUAUAAAAAAAGGCUUCACCUAGGAAUUAUUUCUGCAGAAAUGUAUUGUAAAAAUAAUUUUGUGGCAUAUUUCUAAUCAUCACUUACAUGUCUGUUGAAACUUUAGUUAUUUUGUUUUUCUUUUGGUCUCAAAUGUAGCAUUUCAGUCUUUCUGGACAUAGUUAUGUGAAGAACUAUUUACGGUUUCAAUGUUACUAUUUGAGAUGCCAAUUUCUGAGAAGACAUGCUGUGAUUUCCUUCACCAGAAUUUGCCAAACCUGACUUAAUGCUUUAUAGGAAUGAAAUAUUGGUGUCUUAAAUAAUAUAUAUACAUAUAAAUAUUUAAACACUGUAAUAGUUGUACAUGCCACAGAUGAUUUCCAUUUGAAGAAAAAAGUACUGACUUUUUAAUGUUAAAACUGCAGUAGUUGUUACAGGUACAAAAGAACAAAUUAAAGUACCUUUUAAAAAUGGGUUUUAGACUUUUGUAAAUUGCCUUUGGCAUACUCCUUUUAAUUUUUGGUGCACCAAGAGUGUUUGGUCUAUGUUGUGAUCUAGUGACCCAAUGACAUUGAAAGUGCUAGCUGAAAUAAGUGGUUUGGGGAAUGAAGUAUGCUCACCCCUAGCACAGACACAAUAAAGGUUUUGGGGAUUAUUUUGUUUGUAACACUAGUCUUUCCAAGGACCUCCAGCUUCCUGUUUCUAAGUACUUAAAAAUAUGGUAUUGGAAAAAAUACCACGUUGAAUAGUCAAAAUAUUACUUUUUCUUUCCUGUUGGGGAUUAAAGUUUCCUGGCAGAAUGUCCAUUGCAGGCAAUGGGCAUGUAAGACACCAGCAUUAAGUGACAGUACGUUUUAGUAGGGACCACUGCCUGUUUCACUCAUCUCCGUCUGUAUGGGAUGGUUCUAGUGAUUUUUUUGGGAAAAAAUGAGUGAAUGGAAUAAUGUUUAAGUUCUGUAAUUUUGUCAUGUUGUCUUUGCCUUACCCUUCUUUAUUAAUAUUAGUGCUGAUAUUUCUAAAUAGGUCCUUAAAGUAUCAGGUGCUAUUAAACUUUUAUCCCUAAGGAUUUAUUAAAAUGCUAUUCAUUCAUGGAGCAUAUAACAACAAAGGGCCAGUGGGUGUUUUGGAACAACAAAUAACAUUACUUUUCUGUAAAAAUAUUUUACAGGGUAUUGGCAGUUUCAUUAUUUCCCUAGAAUGCCAUCCAGAGGAACAGGAGGAAAGCAUUUUAAGUUGAAAGUUAAAUUCUCUUCUGUGUUGAAGGUUCUAUCCUUCCCAUCAAGUGAGGAACAGCUGCCAUUGACUUGACUCCUUUCAGGAUUAAGUCUAGUUUAGCAAAAGCACAUUAGUUUGCCGCCCUGGGCCAGGAGGUUGUAAUUGUCAUGGUACAGGUGGUCAUUUGUGUUCAGAUCUGUUUGUUGUUGUUCUUGGUUUUUGUUUUUCAAGUUCAGCUGCCAAAGACAAAAACUGCGUGUCUGUGUAUAUUUGUAUAUACGUAAAUAUACAUGCAUAUACAAAACCUAGAAUUUCAUGAUGCUAAGGAGAAAAUGCUACCUUUCUUGUGAAAUAGCUACAUUUGGAUUUCCAUAAUACUAAAUAGUGCUUUUUAAAGUUAGUAGUGGUAAAACAUACACAGUUAGUGCUUUCUCAUGUACUAAUGCACAUAACCUUAAUUCCAUGUUUGAUGCCAGUUUGCACAAGAAGUUGAGUGGAGUGUGGUAUUUAAUGUUUACAAUAAGCCUCUUAAGAAAACACACCUUUUAUUAAGACUUCUGAUGUAAAUGUGUAUAUUACAAUAGUAUUACUGUAAUGAAAUACCAGUGGAGCUACUGGUUUAGUUCUUCAAAGAAUGAACUUAGAAGCAAUAUAACUGUUAACAUUAGGCCAAAUUGUGAUUGCCAAGAUUUUAAGAGAAACAGGUGUAAUUGUUCUUUAAACAUUAAGCUAGCUUUUGACUCUAGGAAACUGUUCAGCCCAAAUUGGUGCGAAUCCUGCAACAAAUACAAGUUUUGUAUAAAAGGUUUUGUAUGUCACAAAUAACUGAGCUUCCAAUAAUGGAAGCAAGAGCCAAAGACACUUUUAAUGUAUUACUGUUACAGGUACAGCUUUCAUAUAACAGGAUUGACAGAAAUUGGUUCAGCCAGGUGUUGGCAGUUUUGCAAAUGUUUAUCAGAAUAAAAAAUUUACUUAAAAGCAAAGAAAUGGGGAAAGAAACCUCAGAAAAUACUUGAGCUGUGUAAGCAAACAAACUUGGGUUUUUAAUUUGGGUAAAAAUAAUUGGGAUUGUUGGAAAGGAAGAAUGUGUUUGGAAAUGAAUCAGAUGUUGCAAAAUUUUUUCUUUCAUUUGAAACAGUAUGAAUUUGUAGCCAUCAGCGGGUUUAUAAACAUGCAUCUUCAUAAAAUAAACCACAGAUUCAAUUAAAGCUAGUAGAGACAGCUUUACCAACAUGUAUAGUGAACAGAUGGACUAAAAUGGACCUGUGUGGUUUGAUGAGCUUCCUUGUGCUAUCCAUCCGGUUGGUUUUGCUAAAUAUGCUGAUAAGCAGAAGAUCCUAACAUUGCCUACUCCUGUAUAUUGGAGAAACUUUUAAUGGUUGUGGAAACUUAACUAACAUACUCAGUUAAUCUUGUAUUUAGUACAAGUGUGGCAUUUGCUUUUUUCAUUUAUUAUGCCAUCAAAUAGCUGAUGUAGAUUUUUUAUUUGAUUGUGGGCUCCCAUCCCAACCCUUAUGAAAAGUAAUGUACAAAACAUGCUGUUUUCUGGGACAAGACACUGGGAGGCCAUUCCAAAAAGUGUUAUGGCUCCUGUGCUAAUGUUACUGGUGUACUGUUAUUGAACUUUAAGCAGAAACUUGAUGACCAAUCUACAGUUCAUUUUUGGUGUUUGGGAGAUGUAAAUUAGAAAGACAGUUGGUGAAAGGAAAACAGUGUCCAGAGCCUAUAGCAGUUGAUGUUCUUCGAUAGAUGACAAACAUUUGGAGCUCUUUGCACUCAGUAGUCUUAAGAAUCUUUUCAACCUAAAUGAUUCUAUUAAUACUAGUAACCAAAACAGUCCAUGAAUUAAAUUUUCUUCUAAAGCAAAGUAAUACUAAGUAUUUAAAGUAUUAAUACAAUUCUCUAUUGCUGUUAUUUCUUCACUUUUUAUCUUUUCCAAGGAAAGCAAGCAGAAAAACAUAGAAAUUACUGAAAAUAUUUAUGUAUUUAAGUUUUCAGUUAAAACCUCUUUAAGGUUGUUUUUAAACUACAAUAACUACUUGGGUUCUCUUUCUGUAGCCAUUUCUAAUUCUGUAGAGGCUUCUCCCAUUUUACCACAAACGUGUUUUAUUUAAUCAGAAGUAUUCUUACACAAUCAAAAUUGGUCAUAGCUUAUUGCUACUUCAUUAAUGUUCCCAAGUUACUACUUUGAAGGACAAGAAAUGGACUUCAUUUGUGUUGAGAUUUUCCCAGAUUUCUGUUGACCCUUAGUCACAAGUCUCAGAAAUUGUUUGAUACUCUUGGAAUUCAUAUAGGCAGCUUUAAAGGUUAGCUUGUGGCCUGGUUUUAUUUAUAGCUGCUAACAUACCUCUUUCUAGGCCUUAGAUUUUGUCUUUUCAUACUGUUGUAAAAGUAUAUAGAAUCCAUCCACAAACAGAAUGGUUUGUUUUCUGUAAUUGAGACCAAAAUUCAGCUUAUUUUUUUUGCUUGUUUGCUUUUAUUUUUUAAAUCCUCACCCACUCCUCCACUGUGUGUGUGCAUGUGUACAUGUGUCCAAAUAGCACCUACUGACACUGCUGUGGCAGGAACAGCAGUUAACCUGUAACUGUGAAUGCUUUAUGUCUUAGUUACCUGUAUAUUACAUAAAUAAGGUGUGCUAACUCCUGUGACUCACAAUAUGAUGAAAAUACUAUUAUGCCACCUAACAUGAGUUAAUCCAGUUGAUUUUUUUAGGUCUUUUCUUGGUGUUGUUGUAAAAUGGCAUCCCACAAAUAAACAGUAUUUGUGUUGGUUUCAGAAA